AUGGCGGAGCAAAAUCGAGCGCCAGCGGACAGUAUCACAGUCAUCCACGCUAUUGAGGUAGAUGCUGGACCAUCCCAAGAGAUCUCCCCUAAUGAGAGCCCCGUCGAGGCUCAUGAUCUCCCAGAACACCUAAAAUUCCGCACAAAGCUCCGUCUCGCCGCUAUCCUAGUCGCAAUCUAUCUCGUUCUCUUCGUCGCAGCAUUCGAUCAAACUAUCAUUGCAACAUCCAUCCCAACGAUAUCCGCCUCUCUGCACUCCGCCUCGGGCUACACAUGGAUCGGUGGUGCGUACUUGCUGGCCAACACCGCGGCCGGUCCACUCUGGGCGAAAUGCAGCGAUAUUUGGGGUCGCAAGCUUGCCCUCCUAUCAGGAGUUGCCAUCUUCGCCGCAGCUAGUAUAAUCGCAGCGAUGAGUACAAGCAUGGCGAUGCUCAUCACUGCGCGAGCGCUACAGGGCACGGCAGCCGGUGGCCUAGGCCAGAUGGUGACGAUUACAAUCUCGGACGUCUUCAGUAUGCGCAACCGAGCAUUGUUUCUCGGCUUACUCGGCGUGAUGUGGGCAGUCGCAGGGUCGACUGGACCACUAAUUGGGGUGCAUUCACACAUCUGUGGAUUUGCGUUUGCUCUUUUAAUUUUUUUCUUGGACGUGCAUAACCCUCGCACGAAGCUAAGCGAUGGAGUUAAAGCUGUGGACUGGUUUGGCACGUUCUCCAUUUUCGGUGUUACCCUUCUCCUUCUCGGAUUAGACUUCGGCGGCGCAAUAUUCCCCUGGAACACCAAGUAUCCCCUGAUGCUACUCGGCUUGUUCAAGAACUGGUCCAAUAACGCGGCCUUUUUGGCUGCAUCGGCGCACAGCAUGGUCUCCAUGGGCGUGAAGUAUUACCUCCCGCUGUACUUCCAAAAAGCGACCAUGGAUAUCAUAGUUGGUAUUCUGAUCCGGCAGACAGGUCGAUACAAGGAGAUCAUCUGGGCUGGAGUUAUAAUCAUGACGAUGGGAACAGGACUAUUCAUCAGCCUCCAAACUGACACACCCAUAGCCAGUAUUAUCGGGUUCCAAAUCGCCAGCGGCAUCGGCAUUGCAUUUUUAUUCCAGUUACCCAUGAUCGCGGUUCAAAACACCGUCAGCCAGGCCGACACGGCAACAGCAACGGCGACAUUGGGUUUCUUCCGGAACCUAGCCACAUCAUUGUCCAUUGUACUGGGUGGUGAAGUAUUCCAGAAAAGCAUGACAACACGACAGUCCUUCCUGAUUGACGCAGGUGUCAGCGAACCUGUCCGCCAGGCCUUAUCCGGUAGGCAAGCAGCGGCACAUGUGGACAUCGGCAAGACCAUACAGGACCCAGUGCAGCGUCAUGCAGUGCAGGACGCUUUUGUAUGGAGUAUCAGGAAUAUGCUUAUUAUGUAUACCUGCAUCGCGGGGAUUGCGAUGAUAGCGAGCGCUUUUAUGAAGCAACUGAAGCUGAGGACCGAAUACACAGAGACGAAAACGGGAGCCCAGCAGUUGACGAAGUAG